AUGCAUACAUUGCCUGCUAUUCCAGUCCCGCUUUAUAAAAUCAUAUUUUUUCUUUAGCCUCUCAAAUAUCUUUUUGGUGAUCAUUUACCAUUGCUUCAGGAAUCAAUGUUUCCAUGGUUUAGUGACCGAUUGAAGACAGAAUUAAAUUCUGAAGGAGAUGAAUUAUGGAAAAAGGUAUUCAAUACUUUCAAGGGACCUAUUAUAUAUUAUUGUUUAAUAGUUCAAAUAACAGUGAUUAUAAAGAUUAGUGUAUCUUAUUUAUUAAAAGUUACUUUAGAAAGUAUGGAUUCAUGGAAUGCUAUCUUUUUGGGUGCAUUAUUAUUAAGUUAGGUAAUUUUUGAAUAGCACUAUUUUUAAAAUAUUUAUUAGAUGUCAGCAAAGAUUAGAGCUUCUUUAGCAUAAAUGUUAUUAGCUAAAUUAUAAAGAAUAUCAACAUCAAGAUUAAAAGAUGGAUAAUUUUUUAAUAUAAUAACAAUGGAUAUUGCUGAUCUUGAUUUAACAUGGUUGUUAGCAUUUAGUGGUGCUCCAAUAAUAUGUUGUAUAGGUAUUUACCUAUUAUUCUCAUAUUUUGGAUUUUCAUCAAUAAUUGGUGUUAUAACAUUAUGUUGUUUGAUGAUAUUUUAAAAGCAUAUAACAACAAAAACAGGUCCAUUGAAGUAAUAAAAGAGUCAAAUUUAAGAUGAAAGAACAAAGUUAACAGAAGAGAUUUUAAAUAAUCUUCCAAAAAUAAAAAUGUUAGGAUUAGAAUAAAUUUUUAGAGAUAAAUUAUUGGUUAAGAGAUAAGAAUAAGAUAAUAAAAUGAGAGAAAUCUUAAAGAUUGAUGCUCUAGCAUAUUGUUUUAAUGGUAAUAUCAAUGUGUUUGUAAGUUUAUUCUUGAUGUUGUUGACUUAUAAAAUAUUUAAUGAUGAUUAUCCAUCUCCAGAUCAAAUUUUUAGUUCAAUUUGGAUUCUACAACUAUUUAAAGUUUGGUGUAUUACUUAUGGAUAGAGAGCUUAUAAAUUGAUUAUUAAUUUAAGAGUUUUACAAUAAAGAAUCAAUGAUGUUCUUUGUAUUCCAGAAAUAGAACCUAAAUUAUUGAAUACAAGAUAACCAACUAAAAGAUAAAAGAAAUAUCAAUAAAUAGAGGAGGAAGAAGCAGCAUCUUUGGAUACUUUGGAGGAAUCACGUUAAGGUCAAAUAGAGAUUAUAAAUUAUAGUGCAUAUUGGACAAAAUUAUAAGAAAUGUAAAAUCAACCAAUAUUAAAUAAGAUAAAUUUAAAAUUAGAUAAAGGAACAUUUAUUAUUAUACGAGGUGCAGUAGGUAGUGGUAAGUCAUCUUUACUAUAAGCAUUAUUACAUGAAAUUCCAUUUUUCAGUGGUUAAUUAAAGAUAUAAGGUCAUGUAGCAUAUGUAGAACAACGACCUUAUAUAUUUUCAGGAACUGUAUAAGAGAAUAUUCUUUUUGGUUGUCCAAAUAAUGAAACACAUUAUUAGAAUGUACUUGCUUAAAGUGGUUUAAGUGGUGAUAAUAUUGAUCCAGAUUUCAAUGUAGGUGAGAAUGGAUCAAAAUUAUCUGGAGGAUAAAGAACAAGAUUGAGUUUCAGUAGAGCAUUAUAUUCUGAUUCAGAUAUUUAUUUACUAGAUGAUAUAUUAUCAGCAGUUGAUGCUAAUGUAUAAAAGACAAUUCUUAAUACUCUUAGAUAUUUAAAGACUUAAGGAAAAAUAGUAAUUUUAAUAUCCUCUAGAAUUGCUGAAUGUGAUGUAAUUUAUAAAAUGUAGGAUGGAUAACUAAUUUAAGAGGAUAUAAAUAUGAUUGAAAAUUAAUAAUUAUAAGAAGUAUAAGAAUAACCAGAAUAAUAAUAAGGAAUUUAAGAUGAAGAAGAAAUAUUAGAAGUAUCUAAAACAGUUUAUUAAAAAUAUAUUGAUGAAGGAGGAAAAAAUAGAGCUAUGUUAAUUGGAUUCUUAUAUUUAUUGGAUGCAUCUUUAUCACUUUUGAUAAUUAAAUAAUUUGGUGAAACUAAUUUAUUAAUUAAUAUGUUUCUCAUGAUUUUUUAUAUUUUUAUUAGCUUUAUCAAAUUUAAUGAAAUGUUUGGAUUUACUAUUACUGUUAUUAAUAAUUUACAUAGAAAAUUAAUAUCAACUAUUGUAAGAAUGAAAUUGGAGAAUUAUACAAAUAUUGGAAAAUUGAUGAGUAGAUUUACUACUGACAUCAAUAAUAUUGAAGGAAUGGUUAUGUUAGAUUUACAUUGGGUUAUUGAAGGACUUAUCGAUAACAUUUUUGUUAUCUUGAUUAUUAGUUUAAAUAGUUAUAUUAUUAUUGUUUCAGCAGCAUUUCUCAUUUUAAUGCUCUUCAUGAAAUCUAAAUUCCAUCAUAAAAUGAAAUAUUCACUAAAUUUAGAUGAUUAAUCAAGAGCUCAAUUAUAUUAAUCCUUACGUAGCUCUAUUAAUGGAUCCAUAUUAAUUAGAGUUUACAAUUAAUAAAGUAGAAUACAAUCAGAAUUUUUAUAAUAAACUUAUUCAAAUAUGUAGGCAUAAUUUACUUUUCUAAGACUUAAUGCUUUAUUGGCUUUUAUUAUUGAAUUCUCAUUGCAUAUCUUAAUCAUAACUGUUUUAGCUAUAUUACUUUCAUCUGAAUACUCUAAAGAUGUCAUUGGUUUUUCUGUCUUAAUGCUGAUGUAAUUAGGAUAUAUGUUCUCAUUAAAGUAUAAUAUAUUUUUUAUAUUUUAUUUAGUUUGAGAGGAUAGAUCUUCUUAGAUAUAGAUAUGUAAAAUUGUGUUAGAGUAUAGAAUACAAUAUAAUUACCUUCAGAAAAUUAUUCAGGAUCAAAAAUGAAUUAGUGGCCUACUAAUGGUGUUGUAGAAUUUCAAAAUGUGUAUUUAAAAUAUCCUAAAUCAACAAAAUAUGCUCUUUAAAAUAUAAGUUUCAAAAUUGAAUAUGGUUAAAGUGUUGGAAUAAUGGGAAGAACAGGAGCUGGUAAAUCUUCAAUCAUUAAUUUAUUAUUGAGAACUGUAGAUGUUACAAGUGGAGCUAUAUAUAUUGAUGGAAUUAAUAUCAAUUAAAUAAACCUUUCUUAAUUAAGAAAUACUGUUAUGGUUAUACCAUAAUCAAGCAAUUUAUUUAAUUAAACAAUUAGAUUUAAUUUAGAUCCUCAUAAAACUUGUUAUGAUGAAUAAAUAUGGGAAGCAUUAGGUAAAGUUUAGCUAGAUUCUGUAAUUAAGUAAUGGGGAUUAGAUUCUAUGGAUUAUAAUUUAAGUGUGGGUUAAUAAUAAUUGCUAGCAUUGGCUCGAGCUUUUUUACAUGAUGCAAAAAUAUUAAUAUUUGAUGAAGCAACUGCAAAUAUUGAUGAUGAAACUGAAGAAGUUAUAGAAUAGGCUUUACGUAAUAUAAAUGCUACAAAAAUAAUCAUAGCUCACAGACCAAAAAUUGUUGUUAAUUGCAAUUACAUCAUUAAUAUGCAAGAAGGAUAAAUAAUAAGUUAAAAAUGA